CAUGCUUGGCCCAACGCGGUGACGUUGCAGUAGCCACACCGCCCACCUCUCAGAACCCAAACUUUGCUCACAUGUCGCCUUCGACGCUGAAAUGAUGCUCACAACAAAGCAGCCAGUACAUUACGGUUACAGAAACCUUCAUGAGAUUCCAACGCCGCCUCGCACCUCACCCAUCCUAGGGACUCAGGACCAGCCCCUCAAUUCAGCGAGGACUCUACCCACCACUCGUAGUCCCAGGCUACAGUCCAUGUCAGGACCGCAUCGCGGCUUGCCGCCUCCUCCGGGUAUGGCUCUGCCGCACCCCUCGCCGGCAGUUGCAGUUCACCAACCCCCACCCCCAGGCCCUUCUUCACAUCCGCAGGCCCUGCCGCCGCCUGCGCAUACUCAUCCAGCGCUGGCCUCAUCGUCUCAACCCCAUCCGGAGGAGUCUGGGCAUAGCUGGCUGCAGGCGAAGAUUGAAGAAGAGAGGCGGAGACAGGAGGAAGAGAGGAGAAGGCAAGAAGAAGAACGUACGAGGCAAGAGAACUUGCGCCUCGAGCAAAGAAAGCUGGAAUUCGACAUGCUUCGCACCUCUCUCGACAGAGGCAUCCCGCCACAACUUGUACCGAUUGUGUUUGCCGCCAUGGGCGGCGGUCAGCUCCCACAAGCCAUUCUAGAAUACGCCCAGUCGUACAUACAAGGCCAACCGGGACACGCGGUACAGAGCUUACCGGCGCCGCCAGCAGUUUCUCCAGAACAUCACCGGGAUCCACAGUACGCGAUGUACUCCGGUGGCUCAGCAGCUAUAUCGGCAACUCCCCACCCGAGCGCAGGCCUUCAGCCAGGAUUUAUGCCAUAUCAGGGAGCGGGUUCACCGCCGAGACAGCGAGCACAUACCCUUUCCAUGGGCGGACCUCUUUCGAGGCCGAGGGCCAGUUCCAAUUUGGCACGGUUACAGACAGAAGAGCAGGCCGGUCCAGGUACAGGUCCAGGUAUGCCCGCAUACCUUCGAGGCGCUGGCUCUGCUUCGCAAGCUGUACCUUCACAAACGGAACAGUCGCCCUCCAUAUAUUUCCACCAUUGGCAGCCACCCGCAUCGUCUCAGCCUCCGCAGCCCGAGGUAUCAUCAGGAGAAUCGCCGCGCAAACGCAAAGCGACAGGAUCGCAACCAGCUGCGCCUCCUCCCUCGUCGCAGAUCAGGACGAGGUCACCCCCAUUUGGGCACAAGAGCGCUGCUGGCAGGCACCGUGGACACUCUCGACAAAGAAGCGACAUUUCAUCAUAUCGACCAUCGGCACGCUCUCGGGGGGACAGCUACACCUUCCGGGGUUUGUCUCCGGGUUUCGGCACACCACGCGAAGGCUCAACAUUUGAAUCCGGCCCGCAGCAGCAGCAACAACAACAAUCACAGCCUCGGAGCGGCCCACAUUCGGUCACGUCGAUGCUGUCUGAACAGCAGUCUCCGCGAUUUAGCACAGAUCCCCGACAACAACCGCGUCAGCAGCAUCAAGAGCAUCCGUUCCACUCUCAACAGCCAAGCCAGGCGGAACAAAAGGACUCGCCAAUGUCCAAUGUGGACGACAAGGGCCGUGCUGGUGUGACCGUUACGUCAGCCCCGCGAGAUCCGAGCUGAGGACGACUGGCUACGCCAGCCGGAGAGUUCAGAAAUCAUGGCAUUUACGGACAUUUACGGACAUGGGUGGCGUUAGUUUAGCCAGAGAACUGUAACAACGAUG